ACUAGCUCAAGUGAAAUGUGGAAAGAUGGAAGGAUUUCUUGUGUUCAAUUUAACCAUUAUCUAGACGGUUUUCUAGAGCGAUCCAGGUCUCUAGGAGAUGAAUGGGUAGGGAGAUCAGCUCCUCAAUGUCUUCAGCUGGAUCCAACACAGCCAGUAAGGUACCUCAUAAAACAGUGUUUCAGGGAAAUUACAACUGCUGUCCAAACAAGGGAGGCAGAGUCUGAGAACAUAGAAUUUGCAGUUAAUGAAAAAGAUGAGUGUGAAUGCAGUUGUGAUGUCCCAUCCAAAAGUUAUGCAAAAUAUGAGUACCAUGUGAUGUACAGCCCAAGUUAUGGGGUACCUGUGUUAUACUUCACUGCUAGCACACAAGAUGGACGUCCUCUUAGUCUUGAGGAAGUAUGGAAGAGUAUUCCUGAUGUAUAUCAGCUACGGUUGAAGGACGAACGUUGGACAUUCUUAACUCAACAGGAACAUCCAAUCCUUGGAAAACCUUUUUUCCAACUCCAUCCAUGCCAUACAGCAGACAUGAUGAAGAAUAUUGUCAAUUGUGUUGAAAAAGAAGGAAAGACAAACUACCUUGUAACUUGGUUGAGUAGUGUUGGCCCUGUUGUUGGACUUCAUUUAUCAUUGGAAUAUGCCAAAAAUACUCAUUUGUAAAGGAAUAUAAUGGUCAACUAGUUUUAUGAGAAUACUGCUGGCAGUACUGUAGCAUUGGAGUCUAACCAAGCUUUUAGCAACGCAGUAAGACAUUGUUAUUCAACAUUGAACAAACAUGUUAGUUUAUGCCAGAGAGGAUAGAAAGCCUGGACAAUACUCUUGGGACAGGGGAUAGCCGAGGCUGGUGCUGGACAUAUGUGGUUAAUCGUGGAUAUGAUGUAAAUAAAAAAGUCAUGAUUGUCACAGUCCAUCAUCUUGCCUAGGUAAUAAUGCAAAAUCAAAAAAUAUAAUUGAAGGAAUGAAUAAAGGAAUGCAGGAAAUGAGACACUAUUAAA